AUGCAUCUGAUACAGCAACAGGAUGCAGACGCCUUUCUUGGGGACCCCUUCGUUACUGUUUCGGACCUGUUCGAAGAGCCUAAGCUGCCGCAUGCCCCCACCUUCUCUGAGAUAGAGAACGAGUUUGAAGCCACUGCGGUCCAGAAAGACAUCGUAGGCGAAGCGAUCCAGUGGCUUACCUCCGAGCUUCGUCUUCCAAGUUAUACCGCAAACCUCCAAAACAUUGUCAACGCAUGGAAUACUCUGGCAGCAUACCGUGAGCUUUCACCCGGCCGGCUGGCCCACGUCACGGUCGCGGCUAGAAAGGACGGAGACUUGCAGCUGCGUCUGCGUUUCCGACGAGCUCUGAUCGACGCCACCUCACUUGACCACAUCAAGCUCGACUUGUUCUUGCUCCUUUGUGGUAUACCGCCCCAGGAGCAUAUCGGCUUCCCCAACUACACUCGCUUCUUGCGGCAAACAAAAGACUCAACAAGGUCAAGAGAGUUCUGGGCCAGUACGCUUAUGGGAGCGGUCCUACGGUCGGCCGUCCUCCCGCGCGAGUUUUUGGGACAGGCAAUAGCGCGGCCAAGAACGUCUGUCACCACCAUCGUCAACCCUCUUUCGCUUGGGGGCGAUGUGGCUAUUUCUCGCAGGACCGUCCUCGAGCUCCUCUGGGCCUAUGUAUUAAGCGUCCAUGCUGAAGCGGACGAGGUAGUCUUCGGCACUGUCCAGAGGGAUGCCAGUUUCUUCGGAUCGGACUCUUGCAUUGGAUGCCUUGAUCAGACGUACCUUGUCCGCCUCCACAUAUCCGGGGAGGACAGCAUUGGCGACGCCGCUGCGGCGCUUGAUGCCUACCAUGGCUCUGCGUCUGCUCACGGGUUCCUCGGACUGAACGCUAUGCGUGUCCACUUGCCAGAACAAGUUCCGGUUGAGGCUGUGUUCAACUAUACACAAAGCUCCAACCCGCAAUGCAUUGCCCCGGGCUUGAAGCAGUUUCCCUUGAUCUUGACAAUCUGCGACGCCCCGGGACCCGAACUGAAGCUGAUGUUAACUUACAUUGCCGACAUUGCCAAGGCCGACGCGGAGAUUCUGCUAGAACAACUGGUCACGGCCAUCCAGAGUGUGUCAGUCAAGCCGGAUCUAGCGAAUACUCCCCUCCAGGACAUUGACCUUGUAUCGGCUGCGGAGCGGGCAGUUGCGUUGACACCGCCGCUUUUCAGCGGGGUGGCCGAUCAGCCCACGCUUCCGGAUCUGAUUGAGGCGGCCGUCUCUCGGCAUCCGGAGCAAACUGCGGUCCAGUUCGAGGACAAGGCGUCGCUCACAUACCGCGAGUUGAACGCUCUCGCAAACGGGGUUGCCAAGACGCUGAAGCUGCGCCGAGGAGACAUUGUCCCGUUGCUCAUGGACCGCUCUGCAAACCUACCCGUGGCCAUGCUCGCCAUCCUCAAGUCGGGCGCCUCGUACACGAUUAUGGGCACGGAUGUGCCGUGGGAGCGCAACGCGCGUGUCGUGGCUGAAUGUGAUGCGGAAGUGGUCUUGGCAGACAAGAAACAAGCACAUGCCGAGUUCCCAGGCACCAAGACCAUCAACAUCGAGGAGCUCCUUGACGCAGCUGCCUCCCAUGCAAUCCAUAAUAACGACCUCGCCGGCCACGGUAUCAAGAGGCCUCGCCCUGGCGACCUCUGCUACAUCAUCUACACAUCCGGCUCCACCGGAAAACCCAAGGGUACCAUGAUCACCCACCUCGCCGCGGCCAACGGCAUCCUCCACCACACCUCCAUCGCGCAUAUCCCACGCACUCUUCUCUUCUACAGCCCCACGGCUUCCGCCGCGCAGCGCACCUUCAACUCGGUCCUUAUCCACGGCGGUACCAUGGUGCUCGCCAGCAAGGAGCGGCUCGCCAACGACCUCGCGGCGGUCAUCAACGACCUCCACGUUGACGCCGUGGAAAUGACCCCGACCGCCCUGGCUCUACUCCAACCAACCGACGUCCCGCGCUUGAAGCAGGUCACCAUCGCGGGCGAGCGGAUCCCAGAGCCGCUCGUCAACCAGUGGGCCGCCAACGACCGGCUUGUGGUGCGCAACCGCUACGGGUCGAGCGAGUGCACGCAGAUGAGCCACGGGCGCCGGAUGCGGCCACGGGAAAACCCGCGCGUGCUCGGCGAGCCAGAGGACACCACCUUUGCGUGCGUGCUCUGGCCGGGUACGACGCACCUUGUGCCGGUGGGCGUGCCGGGGGAGCUAUGUUUAGCUGGGCCGCAGCUGUCGGCGGGCUAUCUAAAGGAGCCCGGGCUUACGGGGAGGGUGUUUGUUAACAAUCCAUUUUCUGAGCAGCUUGGAGAGUUGUACAAGAAGAUGUACCGCACUGGUGACAAGGUGCGCCGGCUUGCGGACGGGUCCAUCGAGAUGCUGGGCCGCAUCGACUGGCAGGCCAAAAUCAAUGGGACCAAGGUUGAACCUGCUGAUGUGGACCGCGCGCUGGGUGAGCAUCCUGACGUGGCCGCUGUCGCGACGGUUGCCGCCGAGGUUGAGGAGGGCCGACUAGCCCUCGUGACUGCUAUCGUGUUGGUCAAGACUCGCGUUUGGGCGCAGGUGCUCCCUUCAAUGCGGCCGUUUGCGGUGAAGGCUCUGCCACCUUUCAUGGUUCCUAGCUUCUGGCUGCCUCUCCAACAGUUACCGAGGAGCAUGAACGGAAAGGUUGAUUUCCACGCUCUGCGAAAGGCAGCAUGCGAGCUGGGGACAGCCGGGCUCUCGCAGUUCCUUGUUGCGCAGCCGCAAACGAGACACGACCCUGGUGAGGAUCCGGUCGACGACAUGGAGCGUGAUAUUGCCCGCAUCUGGGCCACGGUACUUGGCCUCGACAAGACUCUCGUCCGGCGUCACCACUCAUUCCUGUCCCUGGGUGGCAACUCUCUGCUGGCCAUCAAAGCAAUUGGUCAGCUGCGCAAGGAAGGACUCGUCACCGACUUUGCCAAUCUCAUGGCGGACAAGCCACUGUCCGAGGUAGCCCUCUCUGUUUCUGAGCACAAGUCAUCGCAAGUUGCUCCCGAAGUACCACCGUUCUCGCUUCUGGGAGCAGACGCGGCCAACUUCGUGGAGCGUGUGCAGACAGAGUUCGGGCUGGACCUCGUGGAAGCCUAUCCCGCUACACCGUUACAGGAAGGGGUGUUAGCCACUCUGAACCAAGAAGACGGAGAUCCCUACACAUACCGCCGCGUAUGGGAUAUGGAAGGCCUCGAUAUCGAGCGGCUAAAGGACAGCUUCCGACGUGUCCUCGUUGCGAGGGACAUCUACAAGACCGGAUUCGUGCCCCGCGGGCGAAACUUGGUUCAAGUGGUCCGAAACAAUCUUGGCCUUGCCUGGGAGGAGUGGCAUGGAUCCCUCGAGGCAUAUUUGGAUCAUGACAAGAAAUUAUUCAUGCCAUUGUCGGGACCCCUGUUUCGCACCGGACUUGUGGCGAACCGCUACCUUGUCACGACGACGCACCACGCUCUUUGUGAUUUUUGGUCUCAUAGGAUCCUGUUCCAGGAUGUUGCUGCCGUAUAUACGGGCAGAGAGGUGCCGAGCCGGCCCAAGUUCAACAACUUCAUUCAGUAUCUCCUCUGCCAAGACUUGGUACCAGCCCGGGAGUUCUGGGCAUCCUACCUGCAAGGUUCGCCGAGAUCAAUCAUCAACUAUGCGCCUGGGGAGAAGACAACAAUAACAACCAGGCGUAUCACGCUGAACUUGAAACAAACCACGCUGGGAUCACUCGUGCAUACCGCCUGGGCCGUACUCCUCUCUCACCAUCUCGGGUCGCACGAUGUAACAUUCGCCACUGCCGUCUCAGGCAGAGAAGUGCCUCUUCUAGGAAUUAGCGACAUGGAUGGGCCGACUCUUACCACGGUGCCGCAGAGAGUCAAGCUUGAUGACCAGACAAAGGCACUCGGGCAACUGGUCAAGGAUGUCAGAGCCGGCUUCAUGCAGGUCGCCAAGUACUCCCAGGUGGGACUGCGAGCGGCACUGCAGGCAGGUCAACUAGACCCGGGCAGUAUCGACACUCUUGUCAAUGUGCUAGUCAAGAACGAAGAUCCAGAGUUCGUGCGGGAUGUCUUCAAACCCCACGGGGAGCGCCCUCUCUGGAACUCUGGGCCUUGGACAACACUCGAGGUCGAGGAACUGGGCAAGACCUCCGAGCCAGCUGAGGCAACCAUCGAGGUCCGUUUGUCCGGUACCGCCGAAGCUCGGCGACUUGAGUUCCUGGCCGACUCAUUCAUCAAGAUUGCUACUGCCAUCUUGGAGUCUCCGGAUCAACCGUUAUCGAGCGUCCAUGUUCUCGGAGAUGCUGAACAGAAAUACUUGUUAAACACCCUCUCAAAUCGCGGGACCCUCGUGGUGCCAUCUCCGCAACUUCUCCAUGCGCGAUUCGAAAAGCAAGCGGAGCUUGUGCCGGACGCCAUCGCUAUUGACUGGGAAGGUGUGGAGCAGGUCUCGUACGGGGAGCUCGACCGGCAUGCCAAUCAGAUAAGCCAACUCUUGAUCCAAAAAGGGGUUCUACCUGGAGAUGUGGUUGCCCUCAUGCUGGACAAAUCUAUCGAAGCUGUGGCUGCUAUCCUCGGAGUGCUCAAGUCGGGUGCGGCAUACACGCCCCUGAGCGCGGAGAACCCUGCAGAGCGGAACUCGUUGAUUGUAAGCGAGACCAAAGCCAGGGCUGUCAUCAUCCAUCAGCAAGACGCUGACUUCGCCCUCCACCACGUACCUUCUUCGACGGUGUCCAUCGUAAUCAACAAUGAGGCUACAAAAACAACCUUCCUCUCAACCCAACCCAAUACGAAGCCAACCGUAGCGACAACACCCUCCCACCUCGCCUACAUCCUCUACACCUCCGGCAGUACCGGCCAGCCCAAGGGCAUUCAAGUGCCGCACGGCAGCGCCGCAGCCGCGGUCGGUAGCAUGAUCACGGCAGAACGCCGCCAAGCCGGCGAAUGGCGCACCCUGCAGUUCGCCAACCUCGUCUUCGAUGCGUCGGUGCAGGACCUGUUCAACACGCUCAGUACGGGUGGCACGCUGUGCAUGGCGCCGACAGAGCGGCUCCUGUCGGACCUCGCGGGCUGCGUCCGCGCCAUGCGUGUGCGCCAGGCGAUCCUGACGCCGACCGUCGCCGGUCUGUUGAGGCCUGGGGACGUGCCCGGGUUUGAGACGCUUAUUGUGGGUGGCGAGCCCCUUACGCGGACCGUGGUGGAGGCGUGGAGGCCGGCGUGUCGUGUCUUGAAUGUGUAUGGUCCUACUGAGACGUGCAUGGUCGUGUCUGCGAAGGAGGUUGAGCUGGGCGCUGGACCGACAACGAUAAGCGUUUAUAGAACCGGUGACUUGGUCAGGUGGCUGCCCGGCGGCGAGCUGGAGUGCCUUGGCCGCAAAGAUAACCAGGUCCACCUUCAUGGUUACCGUGUCGAGCUGGGAGAAGUGGAGGCGACGGUGCGGGCGUCUGGUCUGGUCAGGGAUACUGCGGUUGUGGUUGUGGAGGUUAACAAGAAGCCGCAACUUGCUGCCUUCUGCAUCUUUAACGGAGACAAAGACGACACCACCACUACGACUGCUGUUGCUGCCAUCCAGCCACCGGAGCAACACCAAAAAGUCAUCCACGCAUUGAAAGACUGCCUGGAGCACUCCCUCCCUCCAUACAUGGUCCCCUACGCGGUGCUGCCCAUGGUCGACUUCCCAAAGUUGCCAUCGAGGAAAGUUGACAGAAAGGCCCUGGGAAGGCUGGCCGAGAAGAUGGACUGCGUCGCAAUCUACCCGUAUGUCCUCAGCAGUACUGUUGGGACAGAACACACCGCCGUCUCAGUGCAGACAAACGACGAGGCCAUGCUCGAGGCGUUAUGGGCCGAGAUCCUGGGCGUCCCUGAGCAAUCAUCCAUCGGCAGAGAAGCCAACUUCCGUUCCUUGGGCGGGGACUCCAUCUCGGCAAUCAGUUUGGCUAGUCUGGCGCGCCAGCGUGGUUUUGCGUUGAGUGUUCCGGAUAUACUGAGGCACCGCACCCUCAAGGAGCUCGCAACGAGCAUGACGGAGCUGGAUACGGAGAUCGAGUCCUCCGAGAUCUUUGAGAUUCCCGACUCAGUCAAGACCCUCAUAGAUGUUCGUGGGUUGAGCUGUGAUCGAGAUGUGGAUUAUGUCUAUCCAAGCCCGCCUGGACAAACCGAGUUCCUGAGGCAAGGUGCCCGGGACAAGCAGAUGUGGGUGCUCAACACUGUCAGGCGAAUGCCACCCUCCAUCGACCAGGACCAGUGGAUUGUGGCGACGGAAGCACUCGCCAAAGCCAACGACAUCCUGCGAACGUCCUGGUUGCAAGAUCCAGAGGACAAUAAAUGGUUCGGCGUCGUGCUGCGAAACGCAAAGCUCUCUGUGCAAAGGUUCGAAUGCCAAGAAGAAGCUGAGGCUUCAAAUGUCGUUGCUAAGGUGUACGCGUAUCGUUUCACCUUCCCGGAGCCCUUCAUUCGGUACGUGACCAUCACUUACCCUGAUCGGUCAUGGGACCUCGUCAUCAAGAUGGAUCACGCCGUAUACGACGGCACCCUCCUGCGCAUCUUUGACAAUUGUUUCGGCGCCAUCAUUCGCGGCACUGAGAUCCCGAAGCAUGUUGAAUUUCAAGACUUUGCCUUUGCCGUCUCCGCGGCAAACAAGUCCCGAUCCCUCAGGUAUUGGGCGGCGAAGCUUGCCAGCACGGGGGCAAAGACCAUAAAUGCACCACUCGUAACUAAAGCCACACCAUGGCUUAAGGCGCUGGCCCCUUGCAGCACCGGCCUCCUACGAAAUCCUUUGCCUGCCGCACGGGCUGAGAUUUUGGAAGACCUGGCCGCCAGCCUCGGUGUCUCUCCGUCAUCCAUCUUCCAGGCGGCCUUCCAGCUCUGGCUCUGGCAAACAGCCGGGCGCGGUAUCCAGCCGGUAGGGUUUGACUACCUCGUCAGCGGCCGGAGUCUACCAGGCAACGUGGCGGCCGCCCUGCCCGGCGAUCCACAAACCAUCAACGGCACGCCACUCUCGGCAUAUCUAACGCGCACUCACGACGACUUCUGGGCGGCGACAGACCACGGCGACGUCGGGCUGGACGACAUGUACGCCGCGGCAGGCCUGAAUCGGGCCGGGGCGGGAAACCGCGUCUUGUUCUUAUUCCAGCCGUUCAACCCUGCGUCGCCGGUCGCUGACAAUGACCCGAACGGGGGGCUCAACUUUCGGUGGCUGGUCAUGGCCAAGUCGCGAGUGCGUAUGUUCCAGCCUUAUGCGUUAGUUGUAGAGGUAGCUAAGGCUCCCGGGGGUGUGCACAACUUGACCAUGUUUUACGACGAUACCCUAUUUGAGCGAAGCGAAGUGGAGGCGAUGGCGGCGGAGAUGGCGGGCAUGAUUGAAAAGGUAAUUGCGGCGUGUAGAGGCAAAAGGCCGCCGACCGUCGGGGACUUGUUCACAGAGUAUUAA